AUGGUGAAGGAUUGUAUGGAGUAUGCAAAAAGAUGCUUAGCAUGUCAAUUCCAUGCAUACUUCAUUCAUCAACCUCCAGAACCCCUACAUCCUACUGUAACUUCAUGGCCAUUUAAUGCUUGGGGAUUAGAUGUGGUUGGGCCAUUGAUGCCAAAAUCCUUUGAAGGACAUUCAUAUAUCCUGGCUAUGACAAAUUAUUUCUCCAAGUGGGCUGAAGUUGCUGUAUUCUAUAAAGUGAAGAAAGAAACUAUCAUAAACUUCAUCAUAAGAAACAUCGUGUUUAGGUAUGGUGUACCUCGUUAUAUCAUCACCGAUAAUGGGAAAGAAUUCUACAAGAAGCCGAUUGGAAAGCUUUACAAUGACUUUGGUUUCAAGCAGCAUAAUUCCUCCAUGUAUAAUGCUCCAGCCAAAGGUCUCGUAGAAGACUUUAACAAAAAUCUAUGCAAUUUGCUCAAGAAAGUUGUAGGGAAGUCGAAAAUAGACUAG